GAUGUCACAGCCUGGGGUCACUUUGAGAAGACUUUAAUUGAAUGACUACGAAAGACUUGAGAGUGUGAUUAUUUCUUAAGGAAAAUUAACACUAAGUUUUUGUUUGUUUGUUUGUUUGUUUGUUUGUUGUUUUAAUGCAAUUAUAUCACUCCAAAUUUUCCAAUUCAUGGAGGAUGGAGGAAGUGACAAUAAAGCGAUUGAGGUAACAUUCAAGAGUUAAAAUAAUGGACAAUGAUUUUGAUGGACUACAGGCCUCCAGUGAGACAAGAAAUUGUCGGUGUUUUUCGGGUUUGAGGGGGAUGAGUGUAAACGGUGUGUACGUGGUUACUAACAGCAGGCACUAAGGAUCUCUCCUGGGUGCUGAAGUUGUUUCUUUCUGCUGCUGCGCUUGGAGAGAUAGUUAUAUGGUGCUGCUUUUGUGGACGGAAAACACACAGUAGGUCUGGAGGGGGAAAAAAACUUCAGAAAUGGUCAUAAAAAGUCUGAAAGUCUGAAGCAAACUCUGGAGGAAUAUGAGCUUCAUCACUUCGGGAUUUGUCUCAAGGUGCUAAUGGUAAGUCCAGGUAUAUUCUUUUCAUUUUUCACAUUGUUAAUUGUUUUCUAGGUCACAGAACCCGGUGAGUGCACAUGUAUGAUUGAAUUCAAAACAUAAAGAGUGUGAAAUAAGUGGUCAGACAAAAAGAAAAGCAAUAACCUGUCUCAUGCUUUCAGCUAUACUUUAGUCUGGCCUCCAAGAUGGUCGUGUAAAAUCCACCGAUCAUUACGGAUACAAAAAGAGGACAAUGCAACAAUUUCCUCUCCAUUUUGGAGGCGCACUGUUGGAUUUAUCCAGCUGUCCGUGUUGUAACGUCCUGAGAAGCAAGCACAGCCUUUCAACACUGCCAUUUUUCAACUUAUGGACGAUUCUUGCCAUUCUGACUUUUCCCUGCUGUGUGCAAUGCCUCAUUUUUAAAGUCGGGGUCGUCGGCCCUUGGAAUUGCGACCCCGUUUAUUCCAAAACUUUACCUGCUGUGGCUUCAAAGUUAGCCAUUAGUCGAAUAAACAGGGAUGCCAGUUUGGACCUGGGCUGUACGAUGGACUUUGUGGUUCUCCAAGAACCUUGCGAAACGUCAAAAGCUCUGACGACAUUUGUGUAUUAUGAAAAAGAAGCCGACGCUUUCGUCGGACCUGGGAAUCCGGGAUACUGUAAUGCGGCGACGCUCCUGGGCAAGAACUGGGAUAAAGCGAUUUUUUCAUGGGCCUGCAUCAACUAUGAGCUCGAUCGAAUUCAGAGCUACCCGACGUUCGCCCGGAUCUUGCCGUCGCCUACACGGGUGCUGUAUACUGUUUUGAAGUAUUUCAGUUGGGCCAACAUCGGCAUCGUGUCCUCUAAUGAGGAUAUAUGGGUCGACACUGCUAGCAAACUGGCCAGCUCUCUCAGGAGUCAGGGACUUCCCAUAGGCAUUGUUGCCUCAAUUGGAAAUAACGACACAGAGAUGGAGAAUACACUGAGAAACAUCCAGAAAGCCGGAGAAAUCAAAGUUAUCAUCAUGUGCAUGCAUUCGGUGCUGAUUGGCGGUGAAAAGCAGCUGAAUUUCCUGCUAAAGGCCUACGACUUGGGGUUAACAAGUGGCAGCUAUGUCUUUAUACCAUAUGACGCUCUACUCUACAGCCUGCCCUACACCAAUAUCUCCUAUUUUGAAAUUCUGAACAACACCAAGCUACGUACAGCAUAUGAUGCCGUGCUCACCAUUACAGUAGCAUCAGAUCUGAUGUCCUUCAACCAGGCCUUUAAUAAAGCCAAAGAACAGCAGGAGUUGACCAUUACCCAGGAUCCUCAGCAGGUUUCUCCCCUUUUUGGUACAAUCUACAAUGGUCUUUACCUCCUUGCCAAAGCCAUGCACAACACCAGGAGAGCCGGUCAGUGGUACUCAGGAACCAAUCUGGCCUUUUACACUCGGAAUUUGACAUUUCCUGGCUUCAAUCAGAACAUCCAGAUUGACUCACAGGGCGAUGGACAGACCAAUUAUGUCAUCUUGGACUCGGAUGGCUGGGGGACUGACCUGUACCUUUGCUAUAUGGUGGACAUUGGUUCAAACAUGGUGCGCUAUGCUGGCAGGUCCAUUCACUAUCCCGGGGGUUCUGCUCCUUCUGCUGACUCCAGCUGCUGGUUCAAUCCUAAAACCAUCUGCACUGGAGGUGUGGAUGUAAUCUAUGUCAUCAUAGUGUUUGCAAUCGUCUUCAUUUUCAUUAUUGGUGCCACUGGGAUAAGUUUACUCAUAAGGAGGCGAAUCCAACAACUCCAACUGGUGAAAGGACCCAACAGGAUCUUGCUUACUCUUGAAGAUCUCAGUUUCAUCAAUCCCCAGCUAAGCAAACGGAAAAUCACCCUGGAGGAACUCAGUGACUCAGUAAAAAGUGUCGCUGAUGAGAAGAGCAUGAAGUCGGCUGAACACUCGGUCAACAGUUUGGCAACGGCAACUCAUGAGACCUCCAACGUGGCCGUCUAUGAGGGUGACUGGGUGUGGCUGAAGAAAUUUGAGAAGGGUCAAUUCAAGGAAGUCAAGCAGAGUACCACCAAAAUAUUUACAAAGAUGAAGGAUCUCAGGAAUGAGAAUGUUAACCCGUUUCUUGGGUUCUUCAGUGACUGUGGCAUGUUUGCCGUGGUCACUGAGCACUGCUCAAGAGGAAGUUUGCAGGACCUACUACGCAACGAUGAUGUUAAACUAGACUGGAUGUUUAAGUCCUCCUUGCUUUUGGACCUCAUCAAGGGAAUGAAAUACCUCCACCAUCGAGAAUUCCCUCAUGGCCGACUAAAGUCACGCAACUGUGUGGUGGACGGAAGAUUUGUGCUCAAAAUCACAGAUUAUGGUUUCAAUGAGUUGCUUGAAUCCCAGAAAGCUUCAAAAGAGGAACAUUCACCAGAAGAUCUCUUCUGGACAGCUCCUGAACUCCUCAGAGACCCUGAGAGCCAACGGAAAGGGACAUUUAAAGGUGAUGUGUAUAGCUUUGCCAUCAUACUCCAAGAAGUGGUUGUCCGUGGUGCUCCAUACUGCAUGCUUGGACUGCCACCUGAAGAGAUCAUUAGGAAGGUGAAGAAACCUCCCCCCAUGUGCAGGCCUACAGUUGCUCCGGACCAGGCUCCCCUGGAGUGCAUCCAGCUGAUGAAACAGUGUUGGAGUGAACAGCCUGACAGGAGACCUGCCUUUGAUGAAAUAUUUGAUCAGUUCAAGCUUAUAAACAAAGGAAAGAAGACCAACAUCAUAGACUCUAUGUUGCGAAUGCUGGAGCAGUACUCCUCGAACCUCGAAGAUCUAAUUAGGGAGAGGACAGAGGAGUUGGAGAUAGAGAAACAGCGGACAGAGAAACUCCUGACUGAAAUGCUCCCACAGUCUGUGGCUGAGGCGUUGAAAACAGGUGCCACUGUGGAGCCAGAGUACUUUGACCAGGUUACCAUCUACUUCAGUGACAUAGUGGGCUUCACAACAAUCUCCUCACUAAGCGAUCCAAUCGAGGUUGUAGAUCUGCUCAAUGACCUCUAUACACUAUUCGACGCAGUGUUGUCUAACCACGAUGUAUACAAGGUGGAAACCAUUGGAGAUGCCUACAUGGUGGCCUCGGGACUACCAAAGAGGAAUGGGAAUAAGCAUGCAGCUGAGAUUGCCAACAUGUCCCUGAACAUCCUGAGCUCUGUGGGAUCUUUUAAAAUGCGUCACAUGCCAGAAGUUCCAGUCAGGAUAAGAAUAGGCAUUCACUCAGGGUCAUGUGUUGCUGGAGUUGUGGGUCUGACAAUGCCUAGAUACUGCCUUUUUGGUGAUACCGUCAACACCGCCUCUCGUAUGGAAUCUACGGGAUUGCCUUAUAGAAUUCAUGUGAACAUAAGCACUGUGACGAUUCUCCAGUCAAUGAAUGAGGGCUACAAGAUAGAAGUUAGAGGAAAGACAGAGUUAAAGGGUAAAGGAAUUGAAGAAACGUACUGGCUGGUUGGGAAAACGAACUUUACCAAGCCUUUACCGAAGCCUCCUGAGAUCAAAACAGGGGAUAACUGGCAGGAAAUGGUGACCGAAGAGAUCAAGGAGAUUUUCCGGAAGGCAAACAGACAAGUGGACAAGCCCAAAAUCUGAAAACGAAGUAGGAAGACACAGGGAGCAAAGACAAAGGAAGAAAAGUAUACCAUGGAGAGAUGGCAGAGACUUAUAGGAGUGUGCGAGUGUGUGUCCGUGUAUCCUGUGAUUGCUGCAGCUUACAGAGACUUCUUUAAUAGGAUUGACCCUUGUCUGUCUAAUCUGCCUCUGGCCAGCACAGCAGAAAGAGCAGCACACUAAUGAAAUGAGAGAUGAGGAAACGGGUGAUCAGAGAAAGUGUGUUCUUGCUCAGGAUGAACUGCAGGCACCGGCCAUUUGCUUUGGCCACCAAGUGGCUCUUUUCUCAUUUUCACUCAGGUGCUUGUCCAUCGUCAUCCAGAUCGCACUAAGAGUCAUUUACGCUGAUUAAUAUUACUGUAUUUUUGGUGUGUGUGUGUGUGUGUGUGUGUGUGUGUGUGUGUGUGUGUGUGUGUGUGUGUGUUUCCCCCCUAAAGUAAAUCAUGAUGACUGGGUAAUCAAAUUGGCCAAAUUUUUAGCCGAUAUCUUUACCUAGGGAUUUAAUUCUCUUAUUGAUAUAUUGAGUUAAACCUUUUUAAAGGCAUUAUGGAGUAAUGGUUUAAUAAGCAAGAGUCGUGUUCAAGACAAAAAAAAAAAAAAAAAAACCCAAAACCAUAUCGCUAGAAAGCAGAACCCAUUAUGUAAAAAAAAAACAUGGCUUUCCAUAGAACAAGGAUGAGCAAAUGAAACACCCUGAACAACAGACGGUUGGGUUUUUAAAUCCAGAUGCACAUGAGGCAAGAUCUUAACAUUGUAAUUCAUUUGUUCUGUUCAUUCUGUCUGAAUGUUUUCUAUGUAAUCCCAUUCUCCAACACUACAUUUAUACUUAUUCAUAUAUAUUUAUAAAAUAAAGCUGUUUUAGUUGCUUGGCCUAUUAAAUCUUAUAUAUAUAUAUGUAUAUAUAUACUUAAAUAUAUAAAGCUCAUGACAGAGCCACCUGAUGUACAGUAUCACCGCAUUAUACUAGUCAUUACGUAUUAAUCAGUCUUUUAAUAUUCUGGCUAUGGAUGGAAAGAAGUCAAGGAAAACAGAAGAUAAAGGUGGAUAAAAGGUGUUUGAAUGGCAGAUCGUGACAUUUUGGGGUUGGCACUUUAACACUGAUCACAAGGCACUUUUUGGAUUGAAUGGAAGAACCCUGGUUUAUUAGGGUGAGCCAGGAACUGUGGUGCCAUUCAGCCCAUUUUUCAACAUUGAAUCUAAGAAAAUGUGCUCAAAAUUGUGGUUAACUAGCAAUGUACAGUGUACGCGUCCAAGAUAUAUUACAAAAUAUUGCAUGAUAUUGACUAUUCAUUGAGUUGCAAGGUUGUUGUUACUAGAUUAUUCUACUGAAAAACCUCACUCGGUGUAUAUCUCAUUUUAUUAGGUAUAAUGAUCUACUAAUGAAUAAACUGACAGCUAACUGAAUAUUACAAUACAUUUGAUUUAUGUUUAUGUUUAGGACAACAUGUUACAAUAUAGUCCAUUUCCAUAGGGGUAAAUUCAUAACAAAUGC